AUGGCGCCCUCUGCAUUACUGGAAGAGCCCCAGAUGUAUGCGCCGACCAUAUCGGAGAUGGCACGCGGCCGGAAGUUCUAUCCUUCCAAUAAGUUCAUCAUCAGCUGCGGCACCGUCACAAUCGACAUGCGAGCACGGCGCGUGCUGCUAAUCUACAACAAGAGACACCACAUCUACCAAAUGCCCAAGGGGCGGAAAGAUAUUGGCGAAGACUUUCUAGCAGCCGCGUUACGCGAGACACGCGAGGAGACGGGCGUCGCGGUGAAACCAGUCACCUUGAGACUCAGCACGAGAGCUACCCCCGCGGGUGGACCCUCCGGUGCCCCGGAGGUGUCUGACGAGAUCACCAACACGGAACCUAUAGCCGUAUGUCACUACCCCGACCCGGCUACCGGUGCUAUGAAGAUGGUAUUUUACUUUGUUGCAGAAGGGAAUUGCGAUCUCGGGCCGGAGGGUUGGACUGGAGAAGACAGAGUCAAGUUUGAUGUUAGCUGGGUCGACGUCGAAGACGCCGCGAACAAGUUGGCGUUCAAGGAGGAUGGCAUGGUAGUCACCAAGGCUCUGGAAGACUUGAGAAACUCGGGGUAUGAUAUCUGA